AACUAUUUAAUUUACAAAUAAUGGCCAUGAUUGUUCAAAAAUGUAUAAAUGUGCACCGGUUUUAUGUUUCUGACUAAUUUUGAAUUGUUAUUUUGAGACGACAAACUACAUAAAACUGUUUCUCAAUCCUUUCACUUUCGAAUUCUUUGUCACGAACAAGGAAAUUAUCAUUGACGCUUUGUCAAUCAGCUUCGUCGUUUUGGAAAACAUAAAACCCCAAACUACAGACUAUAAUCAGAAUUAGUUUAUCCACUUUAACACACGAUGGCUCUUUUCGACGUAAGUGGUUUUAAGUCUUAUUCUGAACUCCGGGAGCAGAUUCUUCCAGCAGGACAGACACAUCUUGUUGACCGAACCAACCACUACAAUUUCGGGACCAAAAUUCAAGAAUUUGCUCUUCCUCUGGGUGUAGACCCUUCAGGGUUUCUCAAGUCCUGCAACCAUGACGGAGGUGUGUGUAUAGAGCUGAACCAUGGUACGACCACCCUGGCCUUCAAGUUCAGACAUGGAGUCAUUGUGGCCGUAGACUCCAGAGCCUCAGCUGGACGAUACUUAGCAUCCAACGAUGUCAACAAGGUCAUAGAGAUCAACCCCUACCUACUGGGCACCAUGUCAGGCAGCGCUGCAGACUGCCAGUACUGGGAGAGACUCCUGGCCAAAGAGUGCAGGCUGUACAGGCUGAGGAACAACCACAGGAUCUCUGUAGCUGCUGCGUCCAAGCUGCUCUCCAACAUGAUGCAGGGUUACAGAGGGAUGGGCCUCUCUAUGGGAAGCAUGAUCUGUGGAUGGGACAAAGAGGGCCCAGGUCUGUACUAUGUAGAUGAUAAUGGGACGCGUCUGUCUGGCCGUAUGUUCUCCACCGGCUGUGGUAACAGUUACGCCUACGGUGUGGUGGACAGCGGUUACCGGGAAGACAUGACAGUAGAGGAGGCGUAUGAACUGGGCCGUCGGGGCAUCGCUCACGCUACACACAGGGAUGCUUAUUCUGGAGGAGUGGUCAACAUGUACCACAUGCAGGAGGAUGGCUGGAUAAAGGUGUGUAAGGAAGACGUAUCAGAGCUGAUCCACCGCUACAGGAAGGGAAUGUUCUGAGUUUUCAAACACAGAUAAAGUUCAGCUCUCUGAGUACAGUCCAGUGAUGUGUUUCUUUCCAAAAUUAUGUGUUUUUUUUAUGUUUCAAUGUAUUUUAUAUCUAUAUAUAUUGUAUAUUGAAAUAGUUGACACCUGAUUUUGGAAAUGAAAGUGUGUAAGGAAGUGUGUGGUCCAUUUCUGAUUUUAGAUCAAUGAGUCAGAUCAUUAAAUGCUACGUAGAACCAUUUCUUUCUUACAUAUGAACCUAAACUUUGCCGGAUCCAAUUGUCAAUUAAAUAGUUAACAUCUUUGUUUGGUUAUGGUUCUUUAUAUUAUGUAUUGUUGGUACUGUACAUGAUGAUACUCUUGAUAUGGUUUAUGCUAACCAGCACAUCCUGUUAAAAUAAUAUCAAAACUGCUCUAAAUAAAGGCUGUCGUUCAACUUA